AUGUCGGGGCGGUGUGCCGUCAAGACUUUGGCCGAGUUUGGUUUUGGGACAACACGGAACACAUCAAGAAUCACUCUGGAUUCUGAAGACCACGCAUUCAUCAGCGGUGGGAAUGAGGAAAUCUAUCUAUAUAAUAUAAAAGACAAAAAACUCACGGGCAUAUUGCAGUUUCCCACUUCAGUGAAUUACUUCGUUCAGAGUGAGGACAAGCAGCAUCUCUAUGUCGCUUGUGCAAGUGCAGUUUAUGGCAUCAAAUUGCACCAUGAGCCGAUAAGAUCAUCUCCAAACGAAUCUCCAGCAGACAUCAAAAUAACUUCAGACAACCUCAUUACGGACGCUUGUGCUCCCUGUCGCUGUGUCUCCCGGGAUUUCGAGUCAUUCACAGCCUGGAGGAGCCGGUGCUGUUUAUCGGAGCAUCUGUCGUCAUGGAAACAGAGCCAGGAGCCACAGAGGAGAGGAUCAGACAACACUGGUUCAGAUCUACUGUCAAUCAACCUGACGGACACGCCAACUCGUGAAAGAGGAAAAAGGAUGAACACCCCUGUUAGUCUGAAUGUGUGUCGAAUCAUCGCUUUGACUAAACCUGCGUCCAAAACAACAGGGGACUUUGAGCUGCUGUGUUUGUCUGAUAAAGGGCAUCUUCAGAGCAUAACUUUACCUUUAGUUCAACAAGAUGGAGAAUGUUCUAGACAACCGCCGACACAGGGGGGCCGCAGUGUGAAGGACCUCCUCUCUGCUAUUGGAGAUGUGUGUGAAAGAGCAUCUAACUUGAACAUAUCCAUCAAAUCCAAAAACCAGAUUCUACGACGCCUAAACCAAGUUGCCAAUGUCUGCUUACUCUUGUGGAGUGACUCUGAACAACAGGACCAUCCCAUCAGAGGAGUCUCGGGACAUGUUUGGGAACACGCUAACGACACUGCAGUGCUACAUGCUGAAGGCCCAAACAGACAGCUGGUCAAAGUCAUGGUGAAAGAGGUAGAAGUUGGUGUGGGGCAGGACUCCAUGGCUGCGGUGGAGGUUCAGGUGGAGAGUCUGUGUCUGGGUGCAGUCUGUGGACUACACCACGCCAUCUUGGAGAGAGUGCAGACUCUGGUGAAACGUGCACCCAGCACAUCCUCUGCUGUGAGCGCAGAGACCUUAGGCCUGCGAGCAGCACUGCAGCGGGCCGAGCACUCGCUGCGCCUGGUGCAGGACAGUGUCUGCAGAGCGGUCAGCGUGGGCGUGUCUUCAGGCCAGAUGACCUCAUCUCUGGUGAAGGUGUACGAGGAUCUGCGCAAACAUCCUCUGGUCAUUUUAUGA